UUUUAUUUAAUUUGGAUACCCACAAGCGACGCCACGUGUGGGUCAGCCAAUCAGGUUUGACGCCUCUUGCAGGCAUCCAAUUAAAUCUGAUCCAAAAACUGAGUCAGCGUGAUAGUAAACCCAAGCGUAAAAGCUGUAAUGCUAAUUGGCCUUGCACAACCAUGCAAUUCGACACAACCAAUAUAGUUUCAUAUUACAAUGGAGCCUUCGAAAAACAACCUCAGGGAAAAAUAAUAGAGUUUAUAUCCUCAAAAAGUUUUUUUAAAUUCAUUUCAGAAAUUGAAAAAGUGGAAUCCUGGCUAGAUGAGCAUCCCCAUUUCGUCCAGGACUAUUUCGUUCGUAAAGCUUCUCGCCAAAUGGUUGAUUCGUGGUUACUUUCGCAUUCAGCUCCGCAAGGUUUAGUUCAGGAAAAUUCUUCUUCUGCUUCCAGUCCAACAACAUCUAGUUCUGGUGCUACAACACCAGUACGCAAGAUAUCGGCUCAUGAAUUUGAGAGAAGUGGAAUACUAAGGCCCAUCGUGACUACAACCGUGGAUGGUAUUCCAACAUUUUUAACUCUUCCACUUCCUGGAGAUAUAGGUCCACCGAUUUCUAAUAGAAUAGGAAGGAAAAGUCGCCAGGAACUGCGUGCUCUGGACGAACGCGAGCUGAUAUUCGAACUAGUGAAGGAUAUCUGCAAUGAUUUGGAAAUACGAAGUUUAUGUCACAAAAUUCUACAAAAUGUCAGCAUCCUCACCGACGCCGAUAGGUGUUCUUUGUUCCUCGUGAGAGGUGAAAAAGGCGAUCAGCACCAGUAUCUGAUAAGUCAACUCUUCGAUGUUUCGUGCAGUUCAACUAUGGAACAAAUGCAACAGAAAGAAGAGAUUAGAAUUCCGUGGGGAACGGGUAUUGUCGGUUAUGUGGCUGAGAGCAAGGAAUCCUUAAACAUUCCAGACUGCUAUCAGGUAUACAACUUUUACUACAUUAACUUCGUGAAUUUAAUCAAAAUUAGAUUAAGAAUGAUUAGAAAAUCAAAAUUUUUAAAUAAAGGAAAUUUUAAAAGACCAGAAAAAUUACGGCCAAUUAAAUUUAAAGAGGAGGAGAGUUUAAAAUUUAAAGGAAAGAGAUUGGUUUUUUCUCGUUAUUUACAAUUUUGUGGCAUUGGACUCAGAAAUGCUGAGCUGUAUGAAAGAUCAGAACUGGAAAACAAAAGGAAUCAAGUGUUGCUGGAUCUGGCUAGAAUGGUUUUUGAAGAACAAAGUACUAUUGAACACAUAGUGUAUCGAAUAAUGACUCAUACUCAAUCGUUGCUGCAGUGUGAACGUUGUCAAGUACUUCUUGUUGAUGAAACUACUAAGACAUUUUCAAGAGUGUUUGACUUAGAUAUAAAUGAUAUGACAUCCGAAAAUGCUGAGUCUAGAACUAGCCCAUUUGAAGGUCGUUUUCCUAUAAAUGUAGGAAUCACAGGUUAUGUUGCUACAACUGGAGAGACUCUCAAUAUUUCCAAUGUUCAUAAAGAUGAAAGGUUUGAUCCUGCUGUUGAUGAUGAUUGUAGUUUUUUCCACCAUUCCAUCUUGUGUAUGCCGAUUCGAAAUGCUUCUUCAAAAAUUAUUGGUGUGAGUCAGUUAAUUAACAAAAUNUUUUUUUUUAAGGUUGAUGAUGAUUGUAGUUUUUUCCACCAUUCCAUCUUGUGUAUGCCGAUUCGAAAUGCUUCUUCAAAAAUUAUUGGUGUGAGUCAGUUGAUUAACAAAAUUAGUGGAGAACCUUUCAACAAAAAUGAUGAACAUAUUUUUGAGGCAUUUGCUAUUUUCUGUGGAAUGGGAUUGCAAAAUACACAGAUGUAUGAGAAAGCAAUUAAAGCAAUGGCAAAAACAAAAGUGACUCUUGAAGUUUUAUCUUACCAUGCUACUGCUCCACUUGAUGAAGCUAAACAACUAAGUAAAUCCCUAAUUCCUUCAACUCAUGUUUUCAAACUGCAAGAUCUGAAGUUCAAUGAUUUCAGCUUAGAUGAUCCAGAUAUGCUGAAAGCUUGUCUCAGGAUGUUUAUGGAUUUGGAUUUGAUUGAAAGAUUUCACAUAAAAUAUGACGUCUUAUGUAGGUGGCUCUUAAGUGUGAGGAAGAACUAUAGACAAGUUACUUACCAUAACUGGAGACACGCAUUUAAUGUCAGUCAGAUGAUGUUUGCUGUUUUAACUAUUACUAAACUGUGGCAUGUGUUUGGAGAAGUUGAAACUCUGGCUCUUUUAAUAGCAUGCUUAUGUCAUGAUUUAGAUCACAGAGGGACAAAUAACUCUUUUCAAAUCAAAUCAUGUUCACCACUUGCACAGCUAUAUUCUACCUCAACUAUGGAGCACCAUCAUUUUGACCAAUGUAUUAUGAUUUUGAACAGUGAGGGAAAUCAAAUUCUUAGUCAUUUAUCACCUGAUGAAUAUUCAUACAUUGUUCAUGUGCUUGAAGACGCAAUUUUAGCCACAGAUCUAGCUGUUUAUUUCAGGCGGCGUGGAAUAUUUUUUAAGUUGGUAGAAACUGGUAACUAUACCUGGAAAAGGGAAGACAACCGUGAAUUACUUAGAGCUAUGUUAAUGACUGCUUGUGAUAUUGCUGCUAUCACAAAACCGUGGGACAUACAGAGAGUUGUUGCUGAGCUUGUAGCUAGUGAAUUUUUUCAACAAGGUGAUAUAGAAAAGGAGCAACUAAAGAUUCAACCUAUUGAUAUGAUGAAUCGGGAUAAGAAAGAAGAGUUACCUUUGAUGCAGGUGCGAUUCAUUGAUUCCAUUUGUGCACCAGUUUAUGAGGCAUUUUCUAAUAUUUCUGAACAGUUGAAGCCCUUAAUGGAUGGAGUUAGAGAGAAUCGGGCUGAAUGGUUGAAAUUAGCUCAAGAAAGAAAUCUUUGUGUUUGCAAUGAUAACUGAGAGUGGCCAGAAGAGAGAGUUUUUAAGAGAGCAAAGGAAUAUAAUUUUCAUACUGGUGAUCUCACUUCCUAACUCUUGAUGUCAUCUACUUUUUUAUUGUCAUUAAUUACUCAUAGUUAAAAUGUUUUAAGUGUUUUUAAUCAAUAGAUUAUAAAAUUGUAUUGUUCAAAAAUAUUAAGUAUACAAAAUGCUUGAAAUGAAACAAAGGUAAUUUUAAGCCUUACUUCUUGAGAACCAUAAAAGUUAAAGAAUGUGAAACCUCACUACAAUUCUGUUAGAAAUGUAAUCUAAA